AGAAAAGAAUGUGUGUGUGUGUGAGAGAGAGAGAGAGAGAGAGAGAGAGAGAGAGAAGGAGGAGGGUGAAUAUAUGUUUGGCUCCGCCCCCUUCCCAUGGUGCUUUCUUGACAGUUAGCAGUGUGAAAUAUUCAGUUUACUGCUUCAGCCAAGAACACACUCUCACAUACACACACACUCUCUCUCACACACACACACUCACACACACACUCUCUCUCUCACACACACACACACACUCUCUCACACACACACUCUCAUACACACACACACACUCUCUCACACACUCUCACACACUCUCACACACUCUCUCUCACACACACACUAUCAUACACACACACACUCUCUCACACACUCUCACACACACUCUCUCACACACACACACACUGUCUGACACUGAUAGACGGCAUGCAUGCGCACGUGUGAGCUCAGGUGUGUGUGUGUGUGUGUGUGUGUGUAGUGGGACCCGCUGCAGGGACGAGUGUGUUUGCAGGACGCUUCUCCUCUCAUAGUUUUUCCUCAGAACUGAAGAGGACAUGAACGUGUCCAGAUCCAUCAAAUCUGUCCAACUGUCACGUGAGCUCCUGCUGUUUCCAUAGAAAUGCUGGCAUCAUGGGUAGCGUCAGCAGUCUAAUACCCGGUGCUAAAAACUGCAGAGGUUCGGAUGACAAGCGGAGGAAAGGAUUUCAGAGUAAAAGAGGCGGCCUGCUGAAACACGGCUUCUCUCACGAACACAACGCCAAAAACAACAACGACUCCAAACUCGGCCUCGGCUCCGCGGGAACCGGCAACAGCGACGACUUCUUCUACAUCAAAGUGAGCCACAGAGCGAGAGGAGAAGAAACGCAGGACGACACGGGCUCGAGGAAAACGCCGACGGAACUGAGCGUGUGCACAAGAUUAGAGCAGAGUGCAGAAAAUUCCUUCAUACCGCAGUUCCCCCGGAGCAGCAGCUCUUCCGUGGAAACCCACAACAGUUUGAGCACCAUUCUGGGAGCUAACCUCGGCCAUAUCGAUCGGCCCAAAAUCCAGACACCGGAACCGAAACAUGACAUGAGCUCGGGAUCUCCGUGUGAUUCCGGGAUUUCCGGCUCCAGCUGGACCAACGAUGGAGCUAACAGCAGGACUAAAUGGACCGGUGGAGUUAACGGAGAUGGCAGGACGUCAAACUCCAGCACGAGAUCCACGAGCGUGCUGAGCGACUGUAUACCCGGGCCGGCUAGCUUAAAGACAGAUACAGCAGCUAAAAAUGUGGACCGCACAACAAGCCCUUUUUCAGAUCGGAAUUUUCCAACUUCCAUGGAGUCUGAAGUGUCCGAGGAAAGACCGCUCCACAGCUCUGAGGUAUCCCAGCAUGCUUUGCGGGCUCAGCAGCUCCUCCAGCUGCAGGUUCUUCAGCUCCAGAAGGAUAAAGAUCGGCUCCAGGAGGAAGUGGAUCUGCUGAUCAGGGACAGAGAUGCAGCCGAGAGUCAGCUCAUCUACAAACACCAACACUCUCCGUUAACACCCACGCUGGAGGAGACGCAGUGGGAGGUGUGUCAGAAAGUGGGCGAGAUCUCUCUGUUGAAGCAGCAGCUGAAGGACUCGCAGGCUGACGUGAACAAUAAGCUGAGCGAGAUCGUCUCUCUGAGAGCCGCACUGAGAGAAACCAGGAGUAAAAUGGAGGAGCUGGAGGAGAAACACAGAGAGUGUGAGGAGACACUGCGUUUACGGAGCACUGAGAUGGAGGUCUGUGAGAACGAGCUGCAGAGGAAGAAGAACGAGGCUGUGCUGCUCCGAGAGAAAGCAGGAAAGCUGGAGAUGGACAUCAGAACGCUGAAAGAAGACCUCCUGGAGGCCAAAGAGGAACAUUUAGAGCUCCUGAGCCUGAAGGUCCAGCUGCAGGAGCAACAACAUCUACUGCAGAUCUGCCAAUCCAAGAUGGCCGAACAGGAAACUUCAGGACAAGUCGACGACCUUCAGAAGGAGGUGGAAAGACUACGUGAGCAGCUGGAGGACGAGAAACAGAAGAAAGAGAAGGUCCUGAGCAGCUUUCAUCUCGAGAAGCAGAUGUGGAACAAAGAGAAGGACAAAGUGAUACGCUACCAGAAGCAGCUGCAGUUUAACUACGUGCAGAUGCACAGAAAGAACCAGGAGCUGGAGAAAAAACUGAAGGAACGAAACGCCAAAGUGGAUAAAAGGACAGAAAAGGACAGGGACAGGACGCAGGAGGACACAGGCGUCAGGAAGACAGACGUGAGCUACGAUGGAAUGGUGGCCACGGAGAUAUGAAGCAGUGCGCUGGUCCAAUCAGGUCUUAAGGGCUGUUCAGUUAUCGACAUCAGUGUACACUCUUAGAAUGAACGGGUUCCUCAGGGGUUCUUCAGAUGGUUCCAGUUUAUAGUCUUAGCUAAAGAACCCUCCUUGAAUUCGAAACCAUUGCUUGUAGAGUUAUAUUUAGCGCGUUCCCUCAGACAGACCAACCAAAGAACCCUUUGCUAGAUAAAGUGCACACUUCACAAACUUUCCCAGAAUGCAUCGCUACAUUCCUGAUGCAGGUUCAAAAUAGCAGACGAGGCGUAAACAGUGUCCAGUUUAAAUGUUUCAAGUCUGAAUCGUUCGAAUAACUGUGUCCCUCGUGGAUAUUAGCCAACCUUAUUCCGCUAGCUAGCGUUAGUAUGCUAGCUACUUAGCACUUCACCUUAGCAAAGGAGCUGAGAGUCGGUCAGAAAUUCUAUCAAAGUCACUUCCGCUAUGUUGUUCUUGUGCCAAGGUUGAGUCCUGCUGGAAAAAAAAUCCCUUCCUAGCUCAGUUCCUGUCUCGGGCACAUUAAUGUGACGCCUGCAAUGUGGACUUGGUCCAAAUAGAACAGGACCUAACAUGUGGCGCCCUCUAUCGGCACUACACCGUAAGUGUAAUUGAAGGGUAAACGUUUUUACAUUGUUUUAUUAGCUAAAUAAUCUCUCACUGCACUACAGACAAGUGCUGUGAUUAUUGCAUCAUAACAUAUAACAGCCAAUCAGCGGCAGUGGAGGGUCGAGGGACGUUUCCCGUUUGUGUAAAAGGUGUAGAAGCUUCUGUGGAUACCCCAGAUCAAGCAAAAUAUUAUUCAAUAUAAAUAAAAGAUGAGUUUUGUGAUCAGCCUCUGACUUUCCGUCUUUUAAAUAAGGUGCUGAGAGGAAAUCAAAAUCAACCGAAGCAGAUCGCACUUCAGACAAACUUGGACACGCUUUAUUUCGACUGGACAUGGACUCUGAGCAUUUACAAAUCUUUUCUCUGUUUUUAAAGCAAACCAGAGCUUUAUUUCAGCCAAACAUCUACACAGACACCGCAACACUAAACUCUCUAAACUCUCCCACUGACUCAUGGAGGACACUCCAGACUCCGCUCUCUCACUACACACACACACACACACACACACACACACACACACACA